CAAUAUUCCCAUCCAUCUCCGCUGUACGACGUAUUCGUUCCAUUUCGGCCGCCGGAACGAGAUGACACCCCCAGAAUCCGCGCAAAUCAAGUCCCGUCGACCGCACCGAAAAUCAAGGCGCGGGUGCGCCGUGUGCAAGAAACGUCGUAUCAAAUGCGAUGAGCGCCAUCCGCAGUGCGGCAACUGCGUCGUCACCCAUCGCGUGUGCUCGUACCUGGAGCAAAGCGCCGGGAAUGGCUCCGGCGCCUCCACGGGAGCGGUCACGGCCGCACCCAGAAGCUCCGGGGCGAGUCCGGGGCCAAGCCUGAGCAGCGGCGCCGGCGAAGGCGGACGACGAUCGGCCGGGCCUAUAGAUUUGGGCGCGGUUUUCGAUGCUCCCGGCGGAGGACCUACCUUCACAGUCAUUCAUAUGGCUCUGCUUCACCAUGCUGAGGUUAAUAUGGCCGAAUACAUGGCGCUCCAGGGCGUCAUUCGGCCCAUCAUCGACGCCGCUAUCCACAACGCCGUCACGGCACCCUACCUUCUCGACCAGCUCCUCGCCCUCUCCGCGCUGCAUCUAUCAACCCAAGACUUGACCAAGGCAUCGAACUACCGGCAACAAGCUACCGAACUGCAGACUCGUGCCCUGGGUAUGUUCAACCAGAUACGAGAGGAUAUAUCCGAGUGCAACUACAUGCCUACAUUUCUCUUUGCCACGCUCCUUGGUAUCCACGUGCUGCGAGAGACCUUGGCUGAUCACCACCUCGCGCUGAGCGAUUUCGUCGGUGCCUUUGUUGGAUAUGCACGCCUCCAUCGCGGGGUCCGGGCUGUCACAAACGUAUACUGGGAAUCCAUCGUCCAUUCAGACUUGAAGCCACUGCUUUACAUCACGAACUGGACCGAUCUGGCCGAGAAUCGGACCCCAGGGCUUGAGACUGCCGACUUAAAAGGGUUCCUUGAAUCGUCAGAUCUUGCACCCUCGUCUAUCAAGGCUUGUAUCGGCGCGUUAGAUUGGGUCCAGUGGGUAAUAGACAUGAUCGCAAUGGAGCCCUCCAGGUUUGAUCUGGCGGUGCAUGCAACCAUGGCAUGGCCUUUGAUGAUCCCGGACGAGUACAUCGACGGUGUAUAUCAACACCGGCCAGAGGCUCUCGUUGUGCUAGCCUACUAUGCUGCGAUUCUUCAUCAACACCGACGUUAUUGGGUUUUUGGGAAUGCUGGAUCAAGUUUGAUACAAUUUAUAACCUUGCAUGUUGGCGGCUUCUGGGCUGAUGUAUUGACUUGGCCACAAAAUGUCAUUUCCUCAGAGAGGUCUUUGUCAGAAUAAAGCUUGAGUACUGAUGACCAGAAUGUACGUAUAUGCAAAAUAAGUUUAGCUUCAAGUUCAUAUUCUUGUCCCUGGGGCGGUGGAAGUGACAACUCGAU